AUGAGAGCCGCCGCUGUGAGGAAUCACACAAUGAAUCUUUCGUUAGGUAAAUUGCAGAACCUUGUUUCUUCUAAUAAAGCAUGUUGUCGUGUGAGGCCAAGAAGGGAAAUAUUGAAUAACAGAUUCUUAAAAUUAAGCUCUACUUUGGAACCUGGCCGCCCUGCCACCACUGAUAAACUGGCUAUACUUGGAGAUGGUGUCUGCGUUCUGCAUCAGCAUAAAUCUGAAUCACAGGAUUUCAAAGAAAUGAAUGAGAAACUUUCCGAAGAAAUUAAAACAUUGAAGGCAGAGAAGAACGAGCUUCGUGAAUAGAAACUUGUUUUAAUCGCGGAAAAGCAAGAAUGGAGUAGGAGAUCAAAUCCAUGGCCAGUAAUCUUCCACCGUGCUGCAUUUCAGGCUGGAGCAAACAAGAUGCCUGUUUUUCUAGGACACAAUUACAUUCCAAUGUGGCAGUAUUUACCACAAUCUAGGUGUGAUACAUCUCAUGAUCAUGAUCUCAAGGCACCUGCUGCUUAA